CAUCGUCACAAAUUGACCUGUUCUAGAUGGAGAUCACACUUGUGGAUGAAAAGUGACUGAUUUUAUGAUAGAUUUACAAUGAACAUUUGUUCAACACCUAAGACGAAGAGUUAAAGUUGAGUAUUGCAGCAGCAACAUUGAAAUGGGAAAGAAAAAGGAAAGACAGAAUUCUCCACAGGAUGAUGAAACCUCUGAUAGCUAUGUGUCACAAUGUUUACAUGUUCGUAAGGGAGUGAAUCUAAACCAGAUUAAGAAACAGUUACAUCAGCGCUGUUGGAAUGUUUGUGAAGACUGCAAAACAGAGGAGAAACAUGAUGACCAUCCAGCAGUCUGGUUAUGCUUAAAAUGUGGUCAUCAGGGUUGUGGAAGGAAUUCAGAAGAACAACACGCCCUUAAACAUCAUGAGAAGCAGCAUUCGGAACCACAUUGUGUGGUUCUUAAUUUGGACUGUUGGACUGCAUGGUGCUACUUGUGUGAUGACGAAAUACAUUAUGAAGUCAAAGAUCAGUUAGGUCAAUUUGUAGCAUAUAUCCAAAAAAAGACUGCUGACAAAUGUGUAAAAGGAGCUAUGAUGGCUCAAACAAAUGAAAAAAUUAAGGGAAAGGAAGAUAAUACUACAGAAACUGGGAAACAUGAGAAAGAAAAGUCUGUGGCGCAAAUCAACCAACAGAUACCAGUGAAAGGACUCAGCAAUCUUGGCAAUACUUGUUUUUUUAAUGCUGUCAUGCAGAUCUUAUCACAGACCUAUGUACUGCAUGAGUUGAUUCAGCAGUUAAAAAUGAAUGAAACUACACUGACAAUUGUGACACCUGAUUCUUUAAAUUUGGGACAGCUAGAGAUUCACCUUGAUCAACCAGGACCAUUGUCAUCAGCAAUGUGCCAAUUUCUUCUUGAAUUCCAAGAUACCAAAAAAAAUGUUGUCACUCCAAAGGAGCUGUUCGCUCAGGUCUGUAAAAAAGCUGUACGAUUUAAAGGAUUCCAGCAGCAGGAUAGCCAGGAGUUGCUUCGUUACUUAUUAGAUGGAAUGAGAACUGAGGAGAUCAAACGCAUAGGUGCUGGUAUUUUAAAAGCCUUGAAUUACACUUCAGAGAUGAUGGAAAAUGAAGAAUCCAAGAAAACCAUGAAAGCAUAUGAAAAAGAGGGCUCCAUGCUGAACUUCGUUGACCGGGUGUUUGGUGGCACAAUGACAAGUACAAUCAUGUGUGAGGAGUGUAAAAUGGUUACAUUAGUAGAAGAAUCAUUUUUAGACUUGUCGCUCCCCGUUUUGGAUGAGCAGAUUGAUAAAAAAAAAUCUCUGGGAAAAUCUGGAAGGAACAUUAUUGAUGGGGAUCAGAAUGAUAACCGUGGCGAUUGUGAUGGAAACUUUAUUUCCAAGAACAGAGACGAUGUCUCAGCUGGCACUAGCAAGUACCAACAGAAGAAGGCAAAGAAACAGGCUAAAAAGCAGGCCAAGAACCAACGUCAGCAGCAAAAGCAUCAGGCAAAACUACUCGAUUUGGAGAACUCUCCUGAAAAAUGUUCUUUGGAUGAUGUACCAAUUGGAAAAAUUGCUUCCUCUCUAGAAAACAAGACAUAUCUGGAGUCUAGUAACAUUGUGGAAACUGUUUCUCCAGAACAGAGUCCUUUGGACAGCUUUUCUACUGGCCAUCAUCUUGAAACCAUGCAAAAAGAACCUGUGGAAGGAAGUAUUCAAGAACUGACCCAAGUCAACACUGAUAUAGAUGAUGAAGAGGGUGAAAUUAUGCCUUGGAAAUCUCCCUCUGAUCAGUCCGACAACUCAAAGAACUUUGACUCUUCAGAUAUAUUUGAGUCAAACACGAUGAAUGAGAACCAAUUUAAUGCACUUUGCUCCAGUGAAGAUGAAGAAAAUAUUAUCAAUAACCUGAACAAAUUGAACUUGAACGAGUGUAUAGUAAAUCAUGAUGAAAUAACUUUAACUCUGGAAGAGUAUAAAAACUCUUCUGAAACAAAUGAUCUGCUCACUUCCGCAAAAGACAAGCGGGUGGUCUGGCUGGACCCAGAGAAAGCAUUUUGCACCCUUACAGACCGAGAGCACUUAACUGUAGAGGACUGUUCUGUUGGGGCUUGUUUACGUCAGUUCACCCAAAUGGAAAAACUCAUUGGAGCAAAUAAACUGCUAUGUGAAGAAUGCACCCAAAGACAGUACAAGGGAGGAUCAAAAACCAAUGCAAAUGAUGAGAAGAAAGUGUACACGAAUGCCAGAAAGCAAAUGCUUAUAUCAUCUCCUCCUCCAAUUCUUACACUUCAUUUGAAAAGAUUUCAGCAGCUAGGUUUCAAUCUUCGCAAAAUAAACAAGCAUAUUCAUUUUCCACAAGUGCUUGAUCUUGCUCCUUUCUGUGCAUUGAACUGCAAGAAUGUGGCAGAGAACUGUACAGAUGUAUUAUAUAGUCUGUAUGGAGUUGUGGAACACAGUGGCACAAUGAGAUCAGGACACUAUACAGCUUAUGUCAAGGUUCGAACUCCCAGCAGCUGCCUCACUGAAUACGCAAUGACCAGAUGUACACUGUCAGAAUUCAAAGGAGAGUCACCCAUUGGAAACUGGUUCCACAUAAGUGAUACCCGUGUGCAAGGUGUACCAGAGACUAAAGUUCUAAGUGCCCAGGCCUACCUGCUCUUUUAUGAGAGAAUUCUCUAACUGUCUUUUAUGAAACAAUACAUUAGUUCAUGUCCAAAUAGACCAACUAGACCACCGGCAGAAAAACGGAAAGUAGUAUCCAGAUUCUAAAUCUAUGCAACAUUGAGAUUAAAUAAUUAUUGCCUAUGGUAGGAAUGGCUUAUACUUGUAUGAACCCUCAUGUACUAUUGUAGGUUAAGAAAUGUUUAUUAAGCAAUACAGUAAUUGAGUAAGCCAUACAAAAAUAACAAUGUAUUAACAAAAUGUACAGUAUUGUCAAUGUUCACAACUCCCACCUUUCCUAAACACACAACUACCAAGUUACUAAAAUAUUCACAUUUGUUAAUUUUUAAAGAAUUAAAUUAUUCUACUCGUCUGCAUGUUGUGAAAUGUUGUUAAAGCUUGAAUGUCAGGAAGACAACCAUCUGUUGAUCAGACCAACUGACUUUCACUCUAGAGGGUUAACCAUUGGCAGCUGCUUGAGUUAAGAAACUGAAUUUUGAAACAAAUGCUAUGUAUAAUAGAAUGCUGUACAGUUCGCUGUAAAGUCAUAAGCAAUUAAACUUGAAUAAAAUGUGUUUAUAUUCCUUG